UCCGUGGAGCGGACAUUGUCGGGAUGGUGACUCUCGCUCUUCCUCCCUUUGCUCAGCAGUCUCUGGCAAGGACAUUGUACACUGGAUUCAGUGACGAGAGGUCAAGGUCGCAGCGAUGGGGAGAGAACCCAAUACACGACGUGCCGCUCUGUGAAACAAGGGACCCACUGGCCAGAUUCCGCAACAACAUCAACAGUUUGCACGUGGUCCCACUGGGUGUGAGAACAAGUGAUGUGGAGAGUUUCAUGACACCGAAACCAAAUUACGGCGAUGUCGGGCGUCGGAUGAAGAUGACUCACAACACCUCCCGACGGGUCCCCCGCAGACCGACCCCUGCCAUCUUCCCACAGAACGACCCUGACCGUCAGCACAGUGACGGCACGUAUAUCCUGAGUCGACCGACCAGAGAAUGCUUGGCGCAGAGUACGCGGGACUUGUACAUCUCUCCCCGGACUUCCACAACCUUCCCGGACCACAACCAAACCAUCAGGCGGGCGGUCCGGAUGGACAGGAUAUCCAAACCAGGCAAACCAGAUUCAGCACCAGUCAGGGAACCCAUGAACGAAUACGAUAACUUCCGGUAUACGACUGUCUACCGGCAGUCUUACUCCAACACCAGUCUGGUCGAUGAUCAAGCAAAGGUCCUCCUUCCUCCCAUUCAGAGAAAGUUGUCAUAUGCCAACAGUCCAUGUGUCAAGGACGACGAUGGAGAUGGCGUUGAUGAAGAAGACGUCGUCUGUCAAAACCAGGAAGAGGAAGCUCCACAACAGCAGAUGCCGGUAUCUGAUUCUUUGAUCAACAUCAGAGCAAGGUUGAGUCACGAAGGCUGGAACCUACCGAACGUGUACACCAAGACUCCUGUGUGUUCUGAAGAUUUCGAGAGUCACAUGGCUGAUGGCGAGCUGCUUCAACCAACUCGCGGGCCUCAGGCACAUGCUAGGCCCAACCAGGAGAUGGGUAAAUGCCCACGAAGAAAUAAGUCAGGCAGGAAACGUAUAACUUGCAGCCUAUCGAAUCUGUUUCCAGAUCAACCAAAGCCCAGUAAUCCUUGUAAAGGUACGCAAAGGCUGUCCAAUGAACGUAUCAACAUACGUUAUCCGAAAGUGGCUCAAACUCGGAUUCAUUUUGAAACUUCCCAAAAGACCACACAACCCAAGGCGAAAGCAUCCUGCACACGUUCUUUGAGGAAAGUCAGAUUCGAUGAGAAUCCACCAAAUGUAUACGAGAUCAGUGGAAACUCAGAAUACCUACCCUACUCGCUCUUGGUGAGGGAGUCCCAGAGGCAUGAGGAAGAAGGGAAUGGAGAAGAAGCAAAAUUGGAGGAGGAUGAAGUGGAGGACCAGGAGAGGAAGGACCAAGAGGAGAGGGAUGCUGCUGAGUGGGGGACGGAUGAGAUGCUGGAAGCAGGAUGGAGGAGAAAUACUCUCCUUCCUCAUCUGCAGAUUCCAGACUUCAGGAGCUUCUGUCAUUCAAAGCACUACCUGAUGCACAUGGAGGAUGUCCCUGAUCUCCGCGACAACAGGAUCUACUCCAAACGAGUGUCCUUCGAUGGAAUCAACUCAUCCGCCUUCAGGGGCUGAGCGCAUUAUUGCAGGAUGAAAUGUUGUUGUGUAACAUGCACGAAUUUAAACAUGUCUAUCUUUUGUCUCCAACACAGUUAUAAACUGAUAUUUUAAUUUAUAUUUAAAAUUUCAAUUCCGUUUUCUUUUCGUUUCUAUUUGUUAGGAGUUUUUUUUUAUUACGGUUGUAUAUUCAUGUGGCUAUAUUUUACAGCAUAGGUAGAGUAUUUGUUACUAUGUUGUGUCUAU